UUCGCCCCCGAGGGCUCCCUUUAAAAUUAGGUUGACAAAGCCUAUGCAAUUUGCAUAUUCUUGAAUUCGGUAUCCUCGCUCCCUUUUUUUUUUUACCUCGAACUAGACACUGUUCCCCGACCGUCCCCAUCUGCGACAAGGACUACUGGAGUCCACACCCAAUUAUGCCUACCGUUCACCUGCUCGACUAUGUAGCCGGAAAUGUCCGCUCCCUGGUGAAUGCCAUAAACAAAGUUGGCUAUGAGGUUGAAUGGGUGAAGUCUCCAAAGGAUCUGGAGAAUGUGGAGAAACUUAUCCUUCCGGGAGUUGGUCACUUCGGCCAUUGCCUAUCCCAACUUUCCGAGGGCGGUUAUCUAGAACCAAUUAGACGACACAUUGAUUCCGGCAAACCCUUCAUGGGCAUCUGUGUCGGGUUGCAGGCGCUGUUCAUUGGAUCUGAGGAAAAUUCCGAAGUGCCCGGGUUGGGGGUAAUACCUGCUCGGAUGCAGAAGUUCAAUGCCGAUACAAAAAGUGUGCCUCACAUCGGAUGGAAUUCUGCGUUGGAUACUUCAACUGUCAAUCAAAGCUUCUAUGGGUUGAGCCCUAGCAGCAAGUACUAUUAUGUCCACUCUUACGCAGCACUCUAUACCCCUGGUCUCCUGGAAAAAGAGGGCUGGUCAGUAGCCACGGCUACAUACGGUGAGGAAGAAUUCGUCGGAGCUAUAGCGCGGGAUAACAUUUUCGCGACGCAGUUUCACCCGGAGAAAAGUGGACAGGCUGGUUUGCGGACUAUCCGUGCUUUCCUAGAUGGGGAUCGAUUGCAGACGUUUUCUUUGGAACCCUCGCUUUCCUCGGCAAAGAAAGACGGUCUCACACGUAGGGUGAUCGCCUGCCUCGACGUACGUGCAAAUGAUGCUGGUGAUCUCGUUGUCACCAAAGGUGAUCAGUAUGAUGUCCGUGAGAAAGAGGGGGUGAGCACGGGCGGCCAAGUCCGAAACCUGGGGAAGCCUGUUGAUAUGGCCAAACGGUAUUAUGAACAGGGUGCUGAUGAAGUAACAUUCCUGAACAUCACCUCCUUCAGGAACUGUCCAGUUGCGGAUACACCUAUGCUGGAAAUCUUGAGAAGAACAUCCGAAACGGUCUUUGUGCCGCUCACCAUUGGCGGCGGGAUCAAAGACACUGUUGAUACUGACGGCACUCAGAUAUCGGCCCUGGAAGUUGCAACGAUGUAUUUCCAAUCAGGUGCAGAUAAAGUAAGCAUUGGGUCGGAUGCUGUCUUUGCAGCAGAAGAAUAUCACCAGGCCGGCGGGAGAUUAAAUGGAAAGACAGCCAUUGAGUCGAUAUCCAAGGCUUAUGGUAACCAAGCUGUGGUAGUAAGCGUUGAUCCAAAGCGCGUAUACGUGAGCCAACCGGAGGAUACUACGCACCACACAAUUCGGACAAAGUACCCAAAUGGUUCUGGACAGUCUUUCUGUUGGUAUCAAUGCACCGUCAAAGGUGGCAGAGAGGCCCGAGACCUUGACGUACGGCAACUAGCGCAAGCUGUUGAAGCAAUGGGCGCCGGCGAGAUUUUGUUGAACUGCAUCGACAAAGAUGGAAGCAACAGUGGGUUCGACUUAGAGCUGAUCAACGAUGUCAAAUCCGCCAUUAAGAUACCGGUUAUUGCAUCUAGCGGGGCUGGAAAUCCUGAACACUUUGUCGAGGUUUUUCUGAACACGACAACAGAUGCGGCUCUGGGUGCCGGCAUGUUUCAUCGUGGCGAAUACACAGUCAGUGAUGUAAAGAAUUAUUUAGAUGAGAGGGGAUUUCUGGUUCGCAAGUUCGAAGCCAACAAAUAGGCUAGUUAUAUGAUCUCAAGUGUUCUAGGUAGCCUUCGUUCAUGCUACGUGAGGAUUGCUAUAGCUUUGUCUAUGGAUAUCGGUUUUCCGUGCAAGUGUUAC